AUGCGUCAAUUUGCUUUAAGUUGGUUUAAAGGUUUACAUUCGACUUGGUUGGAGUAUAGUGUGGAGAAAGAUGCCGCAUAUAGUCUUUGUUGUUAUUUGUUCAAAAAUGAAUUUGUUCAUGAAACUACGGGUGAUUUCUAUGCAUCAAAGAUUUUUAGGGGUUGGAAUAAGGCUCUUGAAAGAUUCUGUUUACGUGUCUGUAAAGUUAAUAGUGUUCACCACAAAUGUUACAAUACGAUGCUAGAUUUGUCAAAUCUUUGUCAAUCAAUUCAAGUUGUUCUUGACAAACAUUCUCAAAAGGCAAAAAGUGAGCACCGAAUUCGUUUGGAAGCUUCAAUUGAUGUGGCAAGACUUCUUUUGUAUCAUGGAUUGCCUUUUCGAGGUCAUGACGAAAGUGAAGCUUCAACUAAUCAAGGCUACUUUUUAGGAUUAUUUUGGUGGCAUGAAGACAAACAUCCGGAUGUGGAAAAAGUGAUAUUAAAACAAGCUCCACAAAAUCAUACUUUGACUUGUCUUAUGAUUCAAAAGGACAUUGCCAAUGCUUGUGUGAAAGAAACAUUGAAAGUUAUAAUUGAGGACUUGAAUGGAGAUUACUUUGGGAUAUUAGUUGAUGAAUCCAAAGACAUCUCACACAAAGAACAAAUGGCUCUUGUUUUGAGGUAUGUUGAUAAGAAUGGUGACGUUGUAGAACGAUUUAUCGGUCUUGUCUAUGUUAGUGAUACAUCGGCAUGCUCAUUGAAGAAAGAAACUUAUUCUUUGCUUUCCGAUCACUCACUAAAUCCAUCCAAAAUAUGUGGACAAGGUUAUGAUGGAGCUAGUAAUAUGAAAGGAGAGAUAUAUGGUCUCAAAACUUUAAUUAUGAAAGAUAGACCUUCGACAUAUUAUAUUCAUUGUCUUGCACAUCAAUUGCAACUAACACUUGUUGCUAUUGCUAAAAAAUAUUUGGAAGUUGAAGAUGUUUUUGAUCAUGUUACUAAUGUAGUGAAUAUUGUUGGAGGAUCUUUUAAGCAUAGAGAUUUACUUCGUCGUCACCAAGAUAAAAAUUUAAAGCAAUUACUUGAGUCCGGUGAAGCUCAUACCGGACAAGGAUUACAUCACGAACGUAGGCUUCAAAGACCGAGUGAUACUCGUUGGAGAUCACAUUUCAAAACAUUGGAUAAAUUUCUUGUUAUUUUCUCAUCUAUUGUUCAUGUGCUUGAAGUGAUUGAAAUUGAAGGUUCUACCACGAAUGAAACUUAUAUUCCUGAAAAUUCAAAGCGUAAGUGUUUGGAUGUUUGUUAUUCGAACCAUUUGCGUGUUGAAAUCUUUUGUGUUGUCAUUGAUGUGCAACUUCAAGAGCUUAAUGAUCGUUUUGAUGUACUGAGUAGUGAUUUGCUUCUUGAGAUGGGUAUCUUGAAUCCUGUCAAUUCUUUCUCUAACUUUGACAAAGAUAGAAUCAUGACUUUAGCGAAGUGUUAUCCAAAUGAGUUUGAUGAUGGAAAGCUUCGAGAUUUGAGUUUCCAACUUGAUACUUUCAUAAUUCAUAUGCGAGGUGGUAAUUUUAAAUUCUCCAACUUGCAAGGAAUUCAUGACUUGGCAAAGGCAUUAGUUGAGGCAAAUCUUGUAGAGACUUAUUCACUUGUUUAUUUACUUGUGAAGUUGGCUCUAAUUUUACCCGUUGCUAUGACAACUAUGGAAAGAGCAUUCUCUUCCAUGAAGCACAUAAAAAAUGAAGUGUGA